CUCUUGGCCAGAGUUUUAGCAGUUUGAAUAUGUUUGAAUCAUUUGCCAUGGACAGAUGGCCCAAUUCAGUCGGGCGCUCGAGAGCAUCGAUUGGCGAAGUUGUUGACCGGAGAGAGCUUCGCAGAGUUCGACCUCUUCGCAGUUCUGCGCCGAGGAACUGUGUGAACCACGACCGGUCGUCACUUGCAGCUGCAUGUGUUGCUGCGAGCUCUCUCAGACUUGUGGCACCGCCACGGAGAAGCACACGCCGUGACAAGCGCCACCAAAGCAUUGGCAUCAUUGGCAAGGAAGCCGUUCGAGCCAAACCGUGUGCUGAAACCAUGCAGUCGUCAGAUGCUGCAAGUUUUUUUUCAAUGGAUAUACUGCACAGACCGUUGGAGCCCGGGCCCAAAGAACCUAACGUUUCGCUUUCAGACUGGAUUCUUCAAGCGUUUGACAUGGCUAAUCAGGAGUUCUUCAGUGGAGAGUUGGAACCGGUCCAGAUUGAACUUGACAGCACAUGGCAUUUACGAGGUGGUGCGGGUGGCGCUCAUCCAGAUAAACGCAAAAUUGUUUUGGACCCGUCAGUGCACAUGUGCUACAGAGACCUGUGCGCUACUUUAUUGCACGAGAUGUUACAUCUACAGAUCGGAGAUGCGGAUGAUGAAGAGCACGGGCCUUUGUAUUUGCAAGCUUGUUUGAACCUAAAUGAAAGAAUCAUGGCAUCCCGUACUGCAUGUUUCUGCCGAUUGGGUGAGUUUGACACCCCCUUGGAUCAUGCCUUGCUGGCAAAGGUAGGAGCACCUGACGAAAUGUUCGAUGCCUUGCAACAGGAUUUUCAAAAAAAUGUGCCAUGUACGGCAUGGGACUCUGGACUUCUCGUAGGUGACUUUUGCGAAGUAUGCCAUGGAGUUGGCAUGGACCAAGGAACAUGCCAGAGGUUGGCCGCAAGAAUACAAUGCAUGGCCAUCAUCACCUCUUGUAAGGUAGCUCUCAAGAAAGGCUAUGUGACAUGGUCAUUAAAAAGCCGUACAAUGGCACAGUACUGUGCACGCAAAGUUGGUCGAGACUAUCAAAGCUUCUCGGACUACUCUGCGUUGUGGUCCUUGUAAUGUCCUUGUGAUGUCCGUGUGAUGUCCUUAUUGUCAUGUGCUUGUGCUGCUUGUGACUUUCACAGAGCUCGAGUGUCUCAGAAUGAAGAUUUCAUGAUGCUGUAUACACUGUACACAUAUGUACACAUUAUGAAAUGGCUACAAGCAGCUUUUUUGUUCGGCACCUAGCAGUUGAGAAACCGCUUGCGGCCGCAAUGCAUGAGCUGCAGAAAUAUCGUGCCACUGGGCUUCUAAACCCCGCGAGUCAUCCGCUUCCCUGAAAUUUUCCUUGUGACAUCUUGUGACAACAGCGAAUGAACAGGCACCACGGCACCACCUACCGCACAAGCUACGAAACCCCAAUGGAGUGCAGUGGACAGCGCGGAGACAAAGAUUGAUCGCUGGAAGAAACUCUUUGGAAGAAUUGCUGUCACAUUUCACCUCCAAGUGCGACAAAAUUCAGACUCUUCAGACUCUGUUAUGCAUUUGGUCUGCAUGAUGACAUGAAUUGACAUGACAUGGCUGACAUGGUACUAUGUGAUACUACGUCAUUAUGUGCAUGUCAGGUAGCAAGGAUAGCGAGUGUUCUGAACUCCUCCGUGCAUCUCCUCUCCUCACUUGUUUGGAUUUUGGAAGUUUGCUGAAGUUUGUAAUGGGUGCAGUCGGUGCAGUUGACAUCAGUUGACAGGUGUAACACGCCGUAGCAAAGCGCCCUAGCUCCGCCUCCGCAGCCUUUAC